AUGAAGGGAUUCGUCGGUGGAAUUCCCCUGGCCCUGCUGGCCGCUGCCGCUCAGGCACAGGCCAUGGAGCACACUAUGAACAGCGGCGCCGUUCAGCCUCGCAACCACAAUGGAUUCGGCCAGCCCGAGGUCGGAGGCACUGCUCUCGGUGGACCUUCAGGAAAUGAUGAGGAUGGAACCUUCAAUGUUCCCUAUGCCGCCAGCAUUCACACUGACACCAACGUGAACGAGUUCAGCAAGGAUGAUCACUCCGUCAAGAUCAAGGACACUGAUGUCUACCCACCUAACGUUCACCCUGGCCCUGCUUUCGCCCCUGGUGCUGGUCCUUUCCCCAUCAAGCGCAGCUGGCCUUCCGGCGGCACUGCUGAGGGCGGUCCUUCUGGCAACGAUGAAGGCCAGACCUUCAACAUGCCCAUCACUGGCAACUUCAACACCGACGUCAACGAGUCUUCCCAGGACGACCACUCUGUCGAUAUCAAGAACAAGGAUAUCCACCCUGCUCCUGUCAUUGCUCCUGUCCACGUGCAUCCUCCUCCUCACUUCGAGGGCCCUCCUGCCCAUGUUGAGGAACACCCUGUUCACGGCCGUCCCCACUUCGGUGGCCCCCCUCCUUUCUAUGAGGCUGAUGGCAACAACAACGACAACUUCAAUGGCGAUCACUUCAACGUGGUUGAGAACGAUCUUCACCACGACUGGGCCAAUGACAAUAACAAUGGCAACUUCAACGGUGACCACUUCGGCGUCGUUGAGAACGACCAGCACGUCGAUUGGGUCAAGCGCGCCGCUCCAGGCGGUACUGCUCUCGGUGGACCCGGAGGUGGUGGCCACGGCCCUGCUGGAUACCCUGACCAUGUUUCUGGAGGAACUGCCCUUGGUGGCCCAUCUGGUGAUGAUGAGGGGAUCAGCUAUGGCCGUCCCAUCACCGCUGAUAUCCACAGCAAUGUGAACGAAUACAGCAAGGAUGACCACUCUGUCGAUAUCAAGCACACCGAUAUCCACCCCGGCCACCCCUUCGGAACCCCAUUCAAGCGUCACUGGGGUCCUCACAACGGCGGCACCGCCCUCGGUGGUCCUUCCGGAGAUGAUGAGGGACAGACCUUCAACAUGCCCAUCACUGUCAACACCCACACUGGUAUCAACGAGUAUGCCAAGGACGACCACUCCGUCAAGGUCAAGAACACCAAUGUUCACUCUCCUCCAGUCUUCCCUGCUGGCCCCGGCCCUGUCGUACCCAACGGUGGCCCCUUCCGCCGCGCCUACUCUCCUGACCGUGUCUCUGGAGGUGGCGGUGGCGGCACUGCUGAGGGUGGUCCCUCUGGUACUGACGGUGGUGAGGACUUCGGUUCACCUGUCGACGUUGGUGUUGACAGUGGCGUCAAUGAGCACAGUGAGGACAACCACGCUGUCAAGAUCGACAGCACCACUGUUCACCCUCACUACGAGCAGCCCGAGCUUCCUUGGAUGACCUACCCCGAGGCCGCCACCUAUGAUGUUCCUGCCUCUCCUCCUGCUCACGAGCUCCCCCCCGUCGAGGAGACCCACGAGGUCCCUCAGGCUCCUCCUCAGGCUCCUCCCCAUGUCGAGGUCCCUGAGUACCAGCCUGCUCCUCCCGCCGACCCCCCUCGCGAGAACCACGAGCACCACGAGGAGGUUCCCCAGUGCGCAGCUGAGACACACGAGGUCGUCCGCACUGUGACCAAGACCCAGUUCAAGGAGGUCCACCCCACUGCGACCACCACUGUCUACGAGAAGGCCCCUACCUCCGUAGUCACCCAGGCUGCUCAGACAUCCGCUGUUCCCCAGGGCGCCACCCCCAUGAACGACCCUGAGAACAAGAUCUACUCCAGCGCCGUCUUUGGCAGCCAGGCCGCACCCUCCUCGUCCAACAUCCCCUACCAGAGCUACAACUACAACUCCCAGCGCCCCAUGAGCACUGGUACCUACUCCAUGAUCCCCGUCAACGUGCCGGUGCCCUCCUCCACUGCCAUGAUGAAGUCCAUGGCCACCCCCUCCGCUAGUCACGGCAUGCCCGUCGGUGCCGACGCCAUGAACAGUGCCAGCGCGUCUCCCACGCCCUCCCACGGCGCCGCCAUGUUCCAAGGCGCUGCUACCCGUGCUUCCAGCGGCAUCUUCUCCGCCGUCGCUGCCGUCGCCGGUGUCCUGGCCUUUGUCUUGUAA